CAGCGAACAACGUAUAUUCCACAGCAAUGAAGUUGUGUUUCUUUGAAGGGUUUGCUCUCUAUAUUUGUGUAGUUCACAGAAAGGUGCACACAAGUGUCCACUAAGACAGGCAAUUGCAAGGUGGAAGCACAACAAACCGUGGAUAGCAAAACUGCAAACACGGGUGUCUGCCAUGCUCUCCUGUGCUGGCCUCAGAUUUCCGGCAUCUGGGGUAGCAUUUUCUUUUUUCUCAAUUUGCUGAGGGUCACACCCAAGGUGGGACUUGACUUCUUGUCUGCAUAAUAUCAUGCAUCUAUUCCUAUAUCUGUCUGUUGGGUAUGACAUCAUUUGUAAUGUUUUACAGGUCACCCCAUGCUCACUGUAACUUACCACACAGCUCACCCAGAGCAUUCUGGGGCUGGCCAUCAACUGUAGAUACCUUUCUAAAGCAGAUUCCUAGUGAAGGGCUGGGCAGCUGCAUGCUCCCUGGCCGACACCUGCUUGCAGAGCAAGGCCCAGCCGGCCCUCCCGCCUGUUCUGCUUCCUUUGCAGGGCGUGUCUGCGGCUGGCCAGGUGGUGUCCCUGAAGGUGUGGCUGAUUGAUGGCAUUUUAGAAAAGAUCAACAGCCACCUCCCAUCUCACAUUCGGAUACUGGGAGUGAAGCGAGUCACAGGCGGCUUCAACUCUAAGAACAAAUGUGACGCCAGGACCUACUUCUAUAUGCUGCCCACAUUUGCCUUUGCCCACAAGGACCAUGAUUUGCAGGAUGAGACAUACCGGCUGAGUGCAGAAACUCUGCAGCACGUGAACCGGCUCCUUGCCUGCUAUAAGGGCACGCACAACUUCCACAACUUCACCUCGCAGAAGGGGCCUCAGGAGCCCAGUGCCCGGCGCUACAUCCUGGACAUGUUUUGUGAGGAGCCCUUCGUGCGUGAGGGCAUGGAGUUUGCAGUGAUCAAGGUGAAGGGGCAGAGUUUCAUGACGCACCAGAUCAGGAAGAUGGUUGGCCUGGUGGUAGCCAUCGUCAAGGGCUACGCACCUGAGAGCGUGCUGGAGCGCAGCUGGGGGGAGGCAAAAGUGGAUGUACCCAAGGCACCAGGGCUGGGCCUUGUCCUGGAGCGCGUGCACUUCGAGAAGUACAACCAGCGCUUUGGCUGUGACGGGUUGCAUGAGCCUCUGGACUGGGCACGCGAGGAGGCAGAGGUCACUGCCUUCAAGGAGCAGCACAUCUACCCCACGAUCAUCAGUACCGAGCACCAUGAGCGGUCCAUGGCCCUGUGGCUGAGCACCCUGCCCAUGCACGACUUCAGUGCCACUGCUCAUGCGGCAGCUGGCCCCGAUGCCAAGGUCCCCAGCCCCCUGGAAGGCAGCGAAGGGGACGGAGACAGCGACUGAAGUGCCGCCCUCUGGGGUGAAUUGAGUUGGCCUGCAGCAUGCCAUUGCUGCUCUUGGCCACGCUCUUCCCAAGAUGGGAGAGCCUCGGUGUGGCCUCAAGACCUCAGGACCCUGAGACCUGCAUCAUUUUAUGCUCACUCCAGGAGAACCUGCGUGAAUCUCUUUUCAGCUCUUGUGUCAGCUAUGUACACCUCAGUGUGUAAAGACACUAUUUUUUUAAAGAAGUGAUUUUCUUAUUAAAUAAGUACAAACUUUGUA